ACGGCGUGGCGCGGGUCGGAUCGGCGAGUGAGCGGGCUGCCGCGGGAGGCGCACGGCGGUGUCGGUCCCCGCAGCCCGGGCCGCGGAGAGGCCGGCGGGGCCCCUUGCUGCGGAGACAGAUGUGCGGGACGCGGGGCUGCGAGGGGCCGGCGGGGGGGUGCUGGGGGCUGCCGCCGCCGCUGCUGCCGCGGCCGGAGGGGGACCCUUAGCUGUGCGGGAAGCGGGGAAGCCGCGUCGGGAGCUGUUAUUUUCCUCUCCUCCUUCCUUUGCCUUCCCUCUGCUCCCUCCUCCUCCUCACCAAAACCGGGAGAGGAGGCGUGUUCGUAGAGCCUUGCUGCACCGGUUUUGCUUGGUUUGUUGUUGCAGGCUUUGGUUAGCAGGGUGGUGGUGGUGGCUUUUCUUUCUCCUUUUCUCCCUCCACUCCUUCUCCCUCCCUCUCCUUUGGCCCAUUGCAUGCUCGGAUCCGGCUGGAUCCUUCCUUUUAUUUUCAGUGGUGCCACUCGGAGGGGGGAAGGGAGAGCUGGGAUGAGUGCAGCUUGACGCACAGGCAAGGGGAGGGGGGGCACCGCUGGCAGCUGCAGCGGUUCGUGGCCGCAGGGUGCGGGUGAGGAAAGGGAGCGAGCGAGGGGCUCGGUGCCUCCCCCUUUCUUCGCCCCUCUCCUUCCUCCCCUCUUUUCCUUCCCUUCCCCCUCCGCCCCUUCAUCCGUCUCCGGCCGGGUCCGGCUAGGAGCUUGUGUGCAAUAUAUUACGUUGUAAGGUGUGUGUGUGUGUGUGUGUGUGUGUGUGCGUGGAGGAGAGGGAGGGAAGAAAGGAAGGAAGGACUCGCGAGGGAGCCGGGGUUGCCCCAGCUCCCCCCUAUGUGAGCCCCCCCGGGCGGCUGGAUGGCGAUAGACCGGCGCCGCGAGGCGGGCGGCGGGGGCCGGCCGCUGCCGGAGGAGAACGGUUCGGUGCCGGGAGCCGGAGGAGGGGGCGCCGCCGCUCCCCCGGGGCCGCCCGCCGCGGGCUCCGCCGGGGCCGAGAUCCAGGCGGUACCGGUGCCAUCGCCGCCCGCCGCCGCCUGCAGCCCGCUGCUCCUCGACUACGAUGGCUCCGUGCUUCCCUUCCUCGGGGGGCUGGGCGGCAGGUACCAGCGGGCCCUGGUGCUGCUCACCUGGGUCCCAGCACUCUUCAUCGGCUUCAGCAAGUUCUCGGACUCCUUCCUCCUGGACCAGCCCGACUUCUGGUGCCGGGAGGCGGACGGGCAGGGCAACUGGAGCGUGUCCUUGGCGCCGAGCCACGCCAACCGCAGCGAUAACGGCAGCAUCUUCCCGCCGCCCGGGCUGCCCACCCCGGCGGGGGGCAACGCCAGCGAGUGCGACUGCCACGAGUGGCACUACCGCAUUAGAGCCGGCCUCGUCCAGAACGUCGUGAGCAAGUGGGAUCUUGUUUGUGAUUCUGCCUGGAAAGUCCACAUUGCUAAAUUCUCUCUACUAGUAGGAUUAAUCUUCGGCCACUUAAUAACAGGAUGUAUAGCUGACUGGGUUGGUCGACGGCCUGUACUGCUCUUCUCUGUCAUAUUCAUUUUGAUAUUUGGACUGACUGUGGCACUCUCAGUGAACGUGACCAUGUUCAGCACACUCAGGUUUUUCGAGGGGUUUUGCCUGGCCGGAAUAGUCCUCUCUCUGUACGCACUACGGAUAGAGCUCUGUCCUCCUGGGCACCGGUUCAUGAUCACCAUGGCGGCAAGCUUCAUUGAAAUGGCUGGGCAGUUCCUCAUGCCAGGGCUGGCUGCCCUCUGCAGGGACUGGCAGGUCCUCCAGGCAAUUAUCAUCUGUCCUUUCCUGCUAAUGCUGCUUUACUGGGUUAUUUUCCCAGAGUCCCUUCGGUGGCUGAUGGCUACGCAACAGUUUGAGGCAUCCAAGGAGCUGAUUCUUCAGUUCACACACAAGAAUAAGAUGAACACAGAAAGUGACAUCAAAGGAGUGGUGCCCGGGCAUAGGAUGGACGAAUCAGUGCAUAGGAUGGACGAUGCUGUGGGAAUGAAGCUGUUGUCUGUUCCUCAUUUGUUGCAGAAUUUGGAAGAGCUGGAAAAGGAGAUCACCAGGAGACCGAAGAAAGUCUGCAUUGUAAAAGUGGUGGGAACAAGAAACCUGUGGAAAAACAUCGUAGUGUUGUGUGUCAACUCGCUGACUGGUUACGGCAUACACCACUGUUUUGCAAAAAGCAUGAUGGGGCAUGAAGCGAAGAUGGCAAUUACCCACAACUUCUAUGCGGACUACUACACCAUGGCUGGGAUUGCACUGGCAUCCUGCCUGGCCAUGUGCCCGGUGGUUGGGUUUCUGGGGAGAAGAGGAGGACUCCUGCUUUUCAUGAUCCUUACAGCCCUGGCAUCGCUUCUGCAGCUGGGUCUUCUCAACUUGAUCGGAAAAUACAGUCAACUUCCAGACUCAGGUAUGAGUGACAGCGUCAAAGACAAAUUCUCUACAGCAUUCUCCAUCGUGGGUAUGUUUUCCUCGCAUGCUGUUGGAAGCCUCAGCGUGUUCUUCUGUGCUGAAAUCACACCCACAGUAAUCAGGGGAGGCGGGCUGGGGCUGGUCCUGGCCAGCGCGGGCUUUGGCCGCCUGACCGCCCCCAUCAUGGAGCUCCACAACCAGAAAGGCUACUUCCUCCACCACGUCAUCUUCGCCUGCUGUACGCUCAUCUGCAUCAUCUGCAUCCUGCUGCUGCCGGAAAGCAAGAACCAGAACCUGCCCGAGAACAUCCCAGACGGGGAACAUUACACCCGGCAGCCGCUUCUGCCGCACAAGAAGGGGGAGCAGCCCCUGCUCCUGACAAACUCUGAACUCAAGGAUUACUCUGGCCUCCACGACUCAGCAGCUGUGAGCGACGGGAUCUCGGAGAACACCACUGCCAACGGGAUGAAGUCAAUGUAACCGGGUGGAUUCUUUUCCUCUUCUUUUUUUUGGUUGGGUGUUUUGUUUGUUGGUUUUUCUUCUCUUUCUUUUGUAUUUCAUUUGAUGCUGUUGUGCAGGAGGAGCAGCACUUUGGGUAAAGGUGUUUUGCACAGAUCUUACAAACCAGUAGUGGAGCAGACACAGACUUGGGGGAAAUUCAACUCUGCUGCUAAAGCAACUUUUGGCAUCUUCAACUGUUGUGCAGAUUGCUCUUGAAAAAGUUAUGGGGGAAAAUACUCAUCUGAGAAGAGACCUGGCUGGAAGUAGCCCUUCAGAACUCUUAUUUUCCUGCCAUUAAAUACAUAUAUUUAUUUUGAUUUAUUCUCAAGAAGCACUUUAUUUCCUUUUCCUUUCAUAGAUCACAAAAAUGAAGCCAUCUUAUUACAAGAGGUGCAGCCAUUCCAAGAAAGAAACCAUGGGGGGGUGGGGGGGGGCACGGGUGUUUUCUGUUUUGGUUUUGUGUUUCUUUAGAGGAAAGAGGGAUCCACUGCAAAGUUGAAUUGACCGAAAUGUAGACUUGUGCAACAUUCUUCUGCCUGUCUAGAAAGUCCAAGUGCCCCGGUUGCCUGCUGUGUUUGUAUACACCAAAAAGAAAAUAAGACAAAGAAAAGCAAAACCUGUUGCGACUCAAAAUUCUGACUGCAUUUUAGGCAGCUGAUGUGUGUUUUUAUAGCCCAUGUGCACUUAAAAGUUAUUUUCUACAUUAAUACCUUUUUUUUUUUUUCCACCAAAUGCAGUGGGGAAAAAAAUCCUACCCAAACAAGCUGAUUUUUCAAUAAGAAUCAGCCCCUCUGCAUUUUAAGAGCCCAUUAGUCUAUUUUAGAUGGUUCCCGCUGGUCUUUAAUAGUAAUGUAGAUGAUGUAAAUGAUUCGACCAGUGAUGCAAAAAUCAGUUUUGCUGAGAAUAGCUUUAAUUAUGAGGAGGCCCAGAAUCUCUGAUUGACUGCUCUGGGAGAAGAACAUAAACCACCAGGGACAAAACGUGAGGAGCAUGGGCUAUGAUCUGUAUCUUUAUUCCAGAAGGCAGUGCAGCUGGGAUUCCCGCUCCUGGGAAAUGAAUGUCCUGGCAUUGCCUUACCUAUUUUUACAACCAGGGUUUGGGGUUUCAAUUUAAGUGGACAAAAUGCUUAAGUGACUAUUGGAAAAGAAUGAAUGGAUAGACUGGGAAUAAUGACUUACGUUCUGCUGUUGGCUGUCUUGGGGCUUUUGGAGUUGUUUUCUGUUUCUGACCCAACAAUAUACAGUGAACUUACCCAGAUUCACCCCUUCCCCAACUGCUUUUGUAGGAUUUUUGAUUUGGGAAAAAAGAAAAGUUUACUAACAUUGGAUCAAUCCUACUCUAGGCUGAGCAAAGUGAACACCCAGUUUGUCUCCUGCUGUGCAGAUGGCACUUUGAUAGUAGCCCCUUGACUUCUCCAGCCCCAAAACCAACUAUUUCCUUUGGCCACUGGCUUUUGGUUCUCACUGUGUGACUAUUGAUCGUGAGGAUCUAGUUCAAUGCAAGGAGUCUGUAAGCAAGCAGCUUUCUUGCAUUGUAGUUAACCUCCCUGCUCUCCCUCCCUUUUCUCCUUUCUCACUCAGGCCAUCCAUUUGUGAUUGCUUGGUAGUGCAGGUGUUCAGACAAACAGAGCUGCAGGAUGUUGAUGUUGUACUGAGUGUCCAUAUGAUUGCCACUUUGUUUGAUGUACAUCUUGCGUUCAUACACAUGGAAAGUGCUUAUUUUCACUUUCCUCCUCUACCUUCCCUCCCCUUUCCUCCUUCACUGUAUAUAUUGUCGAUUAACUACUGUACCUAACAAUUUCCAUCCUCCAUUAGGCUGCCAAUGUCCUCUUACAGUCCCAAAUAAAUCAGAGAUAUGUGCUCCCAGCGGCAAUCUAUGUGAGUAGCGCAGGCUCAGAUGCUGACGAGUGCAAGGGGACAGGUAGACCUGCAGAAGCAACAGAGAUUGUUGUGUUCAGAGUAACAAUGUUGUCCUAAAGCUGCUAAUUUUUGUACAGAGGAUGUGGACAUUCAGGUUCCUCUUGAGCCUGGUAAAAAACACUGGACCAGUUGAUGGUAGUUUUGCCCAAAGUUACACUACUGGGGUUGUUUCCUGCCUUUGCUAGACUUGCUGUGACAGCAAGAGCCCGAUCUUCCUUAGGCUCAAGUUUUAUUGUUGAGCUUCAGCGCGGCUGCUUCUCUCUUUUUUUCUGCGUUGAGACUUCUGCAGCCUGCGUUCACCCAAGGAGAAAACCCAGGCCUUCCCCAUUCACGCAGUAUUCACGUGCCAAAUUUGUGCAAUACCUUCUGCCUUCGAUGCGAGAUGCUUGUGGCAAGCCUCACACACUGGGGAUGGGGCGGGGGGGGAGUGGGUUCACAGCAACAAAUUGAAGAAGCAAACAAGUCUUAAGGGAAUAGAAAAGGGGCCUGAAAGAGAGGAGGUGCAAGCACAGAGGCAGAGAGCAGCGUCCUGCCGUCCAUCGUGCCACGGAGCCAGUGGCUCCUUCCUUCGUGGUCUCUGUGCCUGUGUGCUCAAGUACGGCUCUUGUAGACCAUCUGCAAGGCUAUAAAUCCAGCUGCUUCCAGCACUGUCAGCGGUCCUGGAGUGCUCACCGCUGUUGUCCACAGCACUUUAUCGUUUCCUAUUCUGGUGGUUGCUCUCUGGUGACACACAGGCCCACGGAAGAGAAUGGUGGUUUGAACGUAUUAGCAUUUAUAUAGUAAACAACCUAGGUGACAGGAACAUGCGGCAAUUUAUUUUUUUCUUUGAAUCUUAUGAAAUUAACUUUAUUUGUUGCUUUUGGGGUUGUUUUGGGGUUUUUUUUGCCGGAAACCAGGUAGUCGGUACUGAUCUUCUGCAGCAAGGGGACCCCCAACUUCUCAAGUUGGUCUGGCCCUCUGCCUCUGUCACGACAGUGAAACACCAACUGAUUCCUGCCUUGGCAGCUCUGGUUGUGCUCCUUUUCCUGGAAAGACAGGAAACACUUCUGUGAUGACGAUUUUCUUUCCACACAUGCUCACAGGGUUGGAAGCUUUUGCUAAGCAUACCUUGUGUGGGGGAGUCAGGCAGCAGGUGAUGCAGCAGGGCAGAAAGGGGAGGUGGGCAUGCUUACCCUGCUCUGCCUCGUCCCACAGCAGCCCAGGGCUCUCUGCUAGGGUCCCAGUCCCCUGCACCACCAACCAUGUCUUCUCUGCAGCCAUCACCAGGAAAGGCUUUUCUCAGGUGGCUCUUUUCAAGCCACUGCAACAGGGGAAGCAGUCAAAGCUGCUCUGUCCAUUUGGGCCUUUGUGAACCUUCAGUAACCUCUGAGCCCAUCAGUGGAUUUGUCUUUGGGUUUACCAUGUAAGGGCUUCCUUCCAUUUUUGUGAGUUUAAACAAAAAUGUGAAAGUGACAUUAUACUUGAUUGGGGGGGGGGUGUGUCGUCUUUUAAGGUUUCAGUACUGCUUUUAUUGCCAGACACAUUGCAAAUGGAUAAGGACAGUCACCUGCUUGCAAGUGUUUUGUGGGCACUCAGAAAGGGGGUUGUGGGAUUUACUUCAUGGUUUCUUUCAGCAGGCUUUUUUUAACUUUAUUUUUAAUGGAAGUAUUUUAUUUAACUGUUGCCACUUCCUGGAGCCAAACACUAAAGGUCACCAAAUUGGAAGCAGAAGUGCCAUUAACUGAACUCUGUGAAUGUCAAGUUGCACCUGUAGCUGGCACAUAAGACAACACUAUUAAGCAGAGGGGGGGUGAUCUCCCCUGCUGUAACUUUUUCUUUUUUUUUCUUUUUUUUCUUUUUUUAAGAAAAAUGAAAUGUCAAACCUCAUUUUAACUGUAUUGUGUGAAAUGUUUUGGGAAAGGAGGAUGGUGCGUUAUGUCUAGUGGGUGAGACCUCCCUCCCCGUUUCAGUUUCUGAUGAAGUUUUAAAGAAUCGUGUUACUGUAUGUUUUGAUCAUGAAUAGUCUGGUGGUACUUCCUCAUAGCACAAGCUUAAAUCAAGUACUGAAAACAGUCUUACAAGCUAAAUGUCUGCAUGAUGUUACAUCUGUUGUACCUACUGAAAAGAACUUUGUAUGUAAAUGUACAGAAUAAAAUGACAUUGUCCCAUCA